AGACAAAUGGUUCCAAAGUUCAAGGGUACAUGCCUCUGAGUUCGGAAGAUUGUGGUGUGUGGAUUAGGAUUUGAGAAGUUAAAAGGGAAAUACAUCCACGUCUCCAGCAUAAACAAAAAUGGCUGAAAGUCAGAGUCCAAAAGGUGGCUCCAACGUCUUUGCACGAAAGGUCCAGAGACAGCUGAGCAGAGGCAAAGAAAAGGUUCUUCAAAAGCUGGGUAAAGCGGAGGUAACCAGAGACGAGGAAUUUGAACAGUAUCUUCAGAGAUUUUAUGACCAGCAGACUGAUGGGAACCGCAUUCACAAAGACUUGAGAACCUACCUCAAUGCUGUCAGAGACAUGAGAGAGGCUUCGAGACGCCUCUCCCAGUCUCUGUUCGAUGUUUAUGAAGGGGACUGGGUCGGAGAGGAGGACCUAGGAGCCAUUGUCGAGGGGGAGGACCUGCUGUGGAAUGACUUUGAGGUGAAACUAUUAGACCAGGCCAUUCGCACCAUGGAGUCUUAUGUGAGCCAGUUCCCAGACGUCAGGGUAAGAAAAUCUAAUGUAAACACGCACUUAGAAACAGGGGCCUUCAGCAAACACUCAAAAUCCAAUAUGGAGGCUACACAAUUUCUUUUUCUUCUGCAGGAGAAAAUUGCCAAAAGGGGCAGAAAACUGGUGGAUUAUGAUUCGGCGAAACACCAUCUGGAGGCCCUGCAGAGCGCCAAGAAGAGGGACGACGUUAAGAUCAGCAAGGCAGAGGAGGAGAUGAAUGCAGCCAAAGUUGUGUACGAAGGCAUCAACAAUGAGCUCAAAGAGGAACUGCCCACGCUUCAUGAUAAUCGUAUUGGGUGCUACGUGUCAGUUUUCUUAGCUGUUUCCAAUUUACGGGACACGUUCUACAAAGAAGUCAGCUCGCUAAACCAAGAUCUCCACAAUGUGAUAAGUGAACUGCAGGCCCAACACCCAGACAAGCAGUUCUCUGUGAAGGGGAUUCAAAGGUACGGUUCUUUGAGACGCACUCUGCUGUCUCCGAGAGCGUGGAAGGCCAGUUUCUCUGAGUUCCACAGAAGCUAUAAUCCCAAACCAACAAGGUUCAGCUUCAAGUCUCCAGAAAAACCCAAACAUGGAACUCUGUCUCGAGAAAGCAGCAGCACUGGGGUCUCCCCACAGCCCCCCAUCCCAGAGCACCCCAAACUUGAGCCCCCCAGCCCUGAGCCUGUAGACCUGGAUAGUACUACUGGGAGCCAUGGAGAGGCUGACAGUUCACAAUCACAAGAGGCGGCUUCAUCUUCACCUGAAAAGAGCAGCCCAGCAGAAGACAAACCCGAAGUUAAAGAGGAGGAGGAACCGUCUGAAUCUGAAAAGAAACAAGAUGAUGAGGAAAAGGAUCCUGGGAGUGAGAGCAGCUCUGAAGCAGACCAGUCGUGUGAUUCAGUGAGUCUGGAGAAGCAACUCGAAGCUGCAGAUCACAGCCCACUGCACAUUGAUGAAGAGGAGGAGGAGGAGGGGAUUGGGAGGGCCCUGGACACUCCAAAAACCAACGGACUGGAGAAUGGAGAGGUCCCAGUCAGAAGCACCCCUAUCAAGGAUACUGCAGUAGAUCAGGCAGACUCAAAAAGCACAGCAGUGUGACAUACUUGUCUGCAGAGUUCAGCUAAGACAUGGACUGACACCACCAGCUGCAGCCCAAAGAAACCCUACAGUCAAGUGUCCAGUACCAAGCUGGCAAAUUUUAGUUUUUUUGUUGUUGUAUAUUUUAUUAAAAUAGACCUACAUUUUAUAUGUUUAAGUUUAAAAUUCUAUCAAAUCAUGCAAUUGCUGGAGAAGUCAACUAUGUUUGUAUUGUUUAAUUUAUUUUAAUUUAAAUGCUAACUAUUUUAUGUGUGUAAGUUUAUGUUAUCCUGUACAUCUUCACGUCUCUUGAAAAGCAAACAAUUGUGUCUGUAAUCUAAUCAACAGAAAUACGCACAAAAUGAUGUCUUGCAUUUGCCUAAAUUCUUACCUGAUUAAAGAAUCAAUUUUGACCCUGCUCUUUAAACAGACACUGUGUUUUUUUGAUGAAUAUUACUUUCUAUUAAAACAGAACUGAUAAAACAGUUUGAUGUCAUACAGAAACGAUCUUUGGAUAGGCUUGAGGAGGAAAAGGGCGGGGCGGAAAUCCAAAGCGUGUUCUGCAGCAUGACGCACGACGCACGAACCCGAAGACGAAAAGCCAACUAACUUCUCAUUUAGUUUCUCACGAGUUUACCUCAUGUUUCCCGGCGUCUCAUACCGAGUUUAGGACAACGAUCCAAGUUUUUUCUCGCCGUAAAAGUGGUCGACUAAUUCUACGAUUUUUCGGUAGCAAGUUUGGAAAAAUCUCUUUAACUUUAGUGCAUCCAGGUGAAACCAGCUGAGAAGCAACAAUGAAUGUUACAGAUAUGGCCAAUUCAACAACAGAGGGGACGACAAGCGCAGUGACAGAAGGAGUUACAAAAUCUUUAACAACACUGUACACAGAAGCCAACACCACACAUAACCUGGUGGUAACAACAGCGCUGCCACCAAUUUCAGACAGCACGAUUGUUGGAGUGGUCAUUUUCGUGAUCUUGCUGACUGUAGCUGUUCUGGGCUUCGUGCUCUAUCGAUAUCUCUGCCACAAGAAGGGCGCGUACAGGACGACAGGUGAGCUAGCUCCGGGUGAGGACCUCGACGAAGACCACCACAAUCAGACAGGAAAUGAGAAAAAGGAGUACUUCAUUUGAACGCAAGAGACUUUUCAACAGUUUAGUUACUUUUUGGUAUUUUAUUUGAUGGAAGGAUGCCACUUUUUACAUGUAAGGUAUGUUUUUUUUUUUUAAAGACUUGUUGAGAAGCUUGGAGGCAUACUUGAAAGUCCAGUAUGAUGUAAUAGAAAAGGAUCUUUUUGAAUGUUAAGCAUUUGAAGCAUAUGGAAAACAGGUUGCCAUGUUUACAAUGGUGUAAAGUGAAAAAUGAUUUUAGUUACUGUUUAAAUGAAGAUUCACUCUUAACUUCUGAGCAUUUUAAGUUUUGUUUUUAUAACCUUGUUACAGAAGAUGAUUGUUUCAGAUUGUUUUAUGUUCUUCUGUUGGUUUGGUUUAAACUGAAAAGUUUAAUGACAAUUUCCAUAUUUAUAUUUCAUGUGGGAGCCAGUAAACUUUUGGUACAAUGGAA